UCUCAAGUGUUUGAAAUGAACACUGGCUGAAGGCAGAAGUCGAGUCACAGAGUUAUCUUGCCCCUUGGAAAGGAAACGCUGAGCCGGUGUGUCGAGCGGAUACGACGGAAUGCAGACAACCCCGCCAUUUUGCACUUGAAUGCAGCCAGAUAGAUCGGAUCAUCUUCACUACCACAGUUAUAAAUGCAGCCUGAGCCCGACUGAGAGACAACUGCGGCAUGGAUGAUGAUCAGCUUCGUGAGGCGCUGAAACAGCUCGGCUUCGAUGCCCCGAUAACGGACCAAACACGGGCGGUAUUGCUUCGGAAAGUCCAAUCUGGAUCCGGUGCUGGGUCGAAAAACAAGAAGCGCGGCUCGGCUGCGCCUGUAGCAGGGCGAUCGAACUCAUUUGCGGAUGCAGCCUCGACCCAUCCAAAAGCUGCAACGAGUUCUGGGCGAUACCAGGAACGACCGCCAUCUCGAGAGCCUGGGAAUGGAGGAGGAGAGGAGCGACUCGUUACGCCAGAAGCGAAGGUGAUACCCGAAUCGCGCCGGCAGAUGCAUCAUGUAAACGGUAGCAUCCGCAACCCCAGCUCUGGAGUAGAAUACGCACAUGCAUCAGCCGCUAGUGCUGAUGAAGACACAAGCAGCUGCAGAGAUGUGGCCAGCAUGCAGGCAGCGUUGAGCCAAUGCCAGCACCGCUGUCGCAUCGCGGAGGAGCAGCUUGAACGGGCGCAGAGGGAGGCAGCUGAACAGGACAAGCAGAAUGUACUCACCGGCGAGCACAUCCGCGUGCUGCGGGAGAACAUGCGGCGGUUCGUAAACCGGCCGUCGCUCGUUUCAGACACAUGCUUCCUGGCCGGCUAUGGUAUACGGGUGCUGGCGAACCGAGCUGUGUGCGCUAUGCGCUGCGAGGCCAUGAUGUCUGUUUUAUGGCGACAAGACAUGCUCUCACUUCAGGUAGUGUCUGUCAAUAACACGCCGAUGACGACUGUGGACGUCUGUCUGGAUCACUCAGUGCGUGCUGUGAAGGAGCUCAUUGCAUCACGCGUCCAAGUGGCUGUUGGGCAGCAGCGCCUGGUCUACGAGAGGAAUGAGCUGGAUGACGCGUGUGUGCUGUCCGAGUAUGGUAUUCAAACGUCAUGCUGCAUCCAUCUGGUGGUGGGACGUCCAUCCUCUACCCAGGAAGAUGCUGAGGAUGAUCCUGCCAAUCACGUACCGUAUGAAUGCCCACUGGUGUGUGUAGUGGACAUGGUCGACAUCGCAGCCAGUUCCCUGGAAGCAUUUGUGACGUAUCUGUAUAGCGCUCACGUCGACGUAUCCACGGAUAACGUGUGCGGUCUGUUCGUACUGUCACGACGUUUCGAGGCAUCCCUUCUGCGCAAGGAGUGCGUAGAGUUCAUUCAUCAGCGCAUGGACUUGGACAACGUCUGGGCGGUGCUGAAGAUGGCGCACGGCCAGCGCAGUGAAGAGCUGCUGCUGCUUUGUCUCAGCUACGUUGCUAAAAACGGAGGCUUGCAACAACUGCAGGAGCAUGUGCCCGAUCUGAACGCUGAACUCCUCAAGUUUUGGUCACUUCGCCAGCCGGAGUAAUGGCAGCGGAAAAAAUUAAGAACUCUGGCUUCCUCAGAGAACGACACCUACAUGUAGUUCUCAUGAAAGACGAGCUCUAUUGUUGUACAUUUGUAUUAUUCAUGAUACUAGAACGCUCACAUGACAGGACUGCUGCAAUCUAACACUGCUGGUAUGGUGUGAGGACAAGCAAACAGGGCGGUAUAUGCAAUACUACACGUACUAGUAAUAGCAUGGAGACAUGUGCAAGCGGUAGCAUUAGCUUUUUUGGCCGACCCUUUGAUGCGCUGGAUGGUGAACUAUUACUUGACUCUUCAUUGAACCGUUGAUAGCAAGUGCAUUGUUGCGGCAUUUAUUACACUGUAAGCAUGCACGCCAAUCUACAAUGUACUGUAAGUACAUUUAUUACACUGUAAGCAUGCACGCCAAUCUACAAUGUACUGUAAGUACAUACUACUUUUCAGAGUUAUCUUUCCAAGAUGCUGACGUCUCUUUUUUCUCCCUUGCUGGGCAAUAUAUGAAGCAAGCAUAAACGCAUUAUUUUCUAUAGAAUCAGGAAUUAUAGGUGGAUUCCAUUGCAACUUUGUGCUGGUUCAUCAAUACUUCAACUUCUGGAAAUGUGAAA